AUGGAGGGUUACAAGGUGAAAAGAGUGAUUGGUUCUGAAAUGAUGAUGGAGGGAAAUGUUAACAAGAAAAAAAGGGGUCUCAAAGAGUUAAAUUCUGAGGGGUUUAUAGAACUGUCUGAAGAAGAACAGAAUAGCGACGAGGAAGGAGAUAAAGGGGAGAGUGUCACGUACCUGUCACAUGGAUUUAUAUCGGUAACCAGACGGUGAAGAGAGAUGGAAGAUGUGGUGAAUGUGGCGAUUGAAGUGAUACAAGGGUAUUUUUUCGUUGUGUACGACGAUCAUGGUGGAGCAGGAGUCGCUAACGCUUGCCGUGACAGGAUGCACCGGUUGGUGGUAAAGGAGGUGCAGGAAAGGACACGUGGUGGUGGUGGUGGUGGAAGGAAGGGAGUAGGAUGGGAGAAGGUGAUGUCAACUUGUUUCGAGAAGAUGGAUGAGGAGGUCACUGGUGUUGAGUGUGGGACAACGGCUGCAGUCGAUGAGGUUAUGGAAACGAUGGGAUCAAUGGCGGUAGUGAUGUUGGUAAGCAGGGAAGAAGUAGUGGUCGCAAAUUGCGGUGACUCAAGAGCUGUUCUCUGUCGUGCCGGCACCGCCGUGGCUUUGUCCCAUGAUCAUAAGGUAGACAGACCCGAUGAAUGGGAACGAGUGGAAGCAGCUGGAGGAAGGGUCAUAAACAUUAAUGGCAAUCGUAUCUUAGGAGCUCUUGCCACUUCAAGAUCUAUAGGAGAUCGAUAUUUGAAACUGUAUGUAAUCUCCAAACCAGAGGUGUCUGUGAUUGAACGAACAAAAUCCGACACCUUUGUUAUAUUAGCCAGUGAUGGUUUAUGGGAUGUAGUUUCCAAUGAACUUGCAUGCGAAGUUGUGAAAAGAUAUUUAGAUGGACAUAUAAAGAUAACAUUUUCAGAACACAACGAUGGAUGUAGUGGAAAUCAUGCGGCAGAGGCGGCAGCCAUGCUAGCUGAGUUAGCAGUGGCUCGAGGGAGCACUGACAAUAUCAGUGUCAUCGUAGUUGAGUUGAAAGCUUGAAAUCACUCUUCUAUAUUCCCUCUUUUUUAUAUAUGUUUCACUUUGUUUUCAAGUUGUAAUAUUAAUAUCCCAGAGG